AUGGUUGCACGAUCAUUGUUAACAGUCGAACAACGUGCAGUGUACAUGCAAAUCAUUUCUCAUGUCAAAGGGAAAAAACCCGGAUUGAUUUUUGUUGAUGGGCUAGGUGCAACUGGCAAGACCUUUUUGUAUAAUGCUUUUUAUGCAAAAGUACGCAUGCUUCGUCAGAUAGUGCUACCAACAACGACUUCAGGUAUCGCAACAUCAAAUAUGCCCACUGGUCGUACAACACACUCUAGAUUUAAGAUUCCCAAUGAUUGUGGGCAAUCCUUGUCUUGUAAUGUUGGCAUGCAAUCAGGCCUUGCUGCUUUGAUAAAAGAAGCUUCUAUCUGGGAUAAGGCUUCUAUGGCUCGGAGGGAGAAUAUUGAGGCUCUUGAUUUACUUUUAAAAGAUAUAUGUGAGCCUAAUGUUCCUUUUGGUGGUAAAGUUGUGGUUCUUGGUGGCGACUUCCGAAUAUUUGAGCGUGAGAAGAUUCCUGAGUUUUCGGAGUUCUUGCUAUCUCUUGGCAACGGUGUAUUACAACUUGAAGAAAAUGCAUUAGUGACCAUCCCAAAAGAGUUAAUCUUGGUCAAUGGGGAUGCCUAUGGUACGUUAGAUGAUUUAUUGCAUCGUAUUUAUCCACAAAUAUCUAUUGAAUGUGCACAACGAGAAAUGUUCACAGAGAGAGCCAUACUUACAUCUAGUAAUGAAGAUGUGGAUUUAAUUAAUUCUAAACUAAUCGCACAAUUUCCGGGAAAUGUUUGUUGUUACAAAAGCUUUGAUACUGUUCUUGAUGAUUAUUGUAACAUUUCUCGAAUGGAAUUUUUAAACACACUUUGUCCAUGA